CGGUAAAGUGCAUCAGUAUCACUUGCUUCGUUUCGUGUCAUCAAGAUGAAGUUGAGCGUUUUUCUACUCUUGGCGGUAGUAGCCCUUGCCUCCGUUCAAGGUAAGGCUAUUAGAGGUCAGAAUGUUCUUGGGCAGAAGCGUGCUUAUGUACUAGCCCAUGAAAUUCUUCGAGACGACCCUGAGCCCGAACCCCAGCCGGAACCCCAGCCAGAGCCUCAGCCAGAGCCCCAGCCAGAACCUCAACCAGAACCCCAACCAGAACCCCAACCAGACCCUCAGCCUGAGCCACUCCGUGACGAUCCUGAGCCGGAACCCCAGCCAGAGCCUGAGCCAGAGCCUCAGCCAGAGCCUCAGCCAGAGCCUCAGCCAGAACCCCAACCAGAACCCCAACCAGAACCCCAACCAGAACCCCAACCAGAACCACCAGCGACUCCCGAAGUCACUUAUUAAGUGAAAACUGAGCUUAACAAAGGAUUGAAUCGAUCGAUUUGAUGAAAUAUUUAGCUUAAAAAUGUAAAAUUUUCACUUUGUAAACCACUGCAAUUAUAAAAUAUAGAGCAAUGCUUUAUAAC